AUGCCAAAGCUCGCUGUACCACCGCCGUCAUCCAGCCCCUCCCGUGUCAUCCACACCCGCUCGCAUCAUCCUCGAUCCAUACCCUCGAGAUGCGCCUCUUCUCAUAUCCGACCCCUAGCACACGCCCAAAUCCGUCAUGACAUCUCUCCAUCGCAUUCGUCUCCAAACACUCUACCGCCUUUCAACUUCAAAUACUCCCUAACUGAUGACCUCAACCCGAAGAACCAGAACGAUCACAAGCCUCCCGAUGAGCGGAUUCUAAAAUUGGGAAAGACGCUACGGAUCCUCUCCCCCCUUCUCCCAACAAUCCUUGUCAACCCUCUCCCACCGCAUAUCCUCUCCCCGGGCGUGACAUUACAUCUAUUCCCGUCAACCCAUCCGCACCUCCCAACAGUCAAAGGACGAACACUCUACCGCGCGGCUUUAUGGGCAGUCCCAGUUGCAUGGAGCAGCGUCCCUUUAGUUGGGAACGUGAAGCUGCAAAUCCUAAGUGAACGGAUCGUGCGCGCAGGAACAGUGCCAGACCCGCAUUUAUACGCGCAUACCAACACGCAAGGCGGAAAUAACGGGGACUGUGGAGAUGAAAGACUUGUUGUGCGAUGGCGGACAGAGCGAACUCAUUCAUCGAAUACGCCAUCCCCGUCUUCAACAUCAAGGUCGGGGUCUUCUUCUGCAUCGGAAAGGCCGGAUACGAGUGCCGGGAGUGCCGUAGAUAGCGACAGCGAAUCCAAAACCGGAACGAAUAAAGGUCUAAGCGUCCUAUUAGGCGGCGAUGCACCUAUUUUCAAAUUAUCCAGAGACGACGAGUUUACGGGGCUUUUCAUCUUCUCAUUUGAUGAAGAAGGCCGUGUCUUGACGCAGACGAUCGAGCAUGCCGAGGACGCGCGCGGAUGGGAGCGCACGGCGAAGUUUGUUACCCUUACGGAUUGGUUGAUUGGGAAAGCGAGGGGGUCGUUAGAUCCUGCUCCGCCAGCGGGGUUGCUAGGCUGCUCUGAGUUUGGUUUAAACGGCUCUUCCGCGCAUAGUCGGGAUCACGAGCGAUAUCCUGAGCACCAUCACAAGGGAAAGAGCGAUAGGAUGUCAGAGGCGUCAUCAUUAUAG